AUAUUACUUAUUUUAAUAUGAUUGCAUACAUUAAUUUAAACUAAGAUUGAAAUCAAGACCGCCAUGUUUUUUUCCGUUUUUUGACUGUACGAGUUAACGUACUUUAGGUUAGGUUGUAGGUGUGUAUGUGUAGUCUUUAAAUCCCACUGUAUGAUCUGAUCAGAUUACGUUACAGUCAAGCUGUGUGAUCCUGUUUACUACUUGUUUCAGUCGUGAAUAAGACAACAUUUGUUCGAACAUGACUGACUUAAAAUGCCAGGCUAAUUCUAUUGUAUUUGCACUAACUGCAUUUGCUUUCCUUGUAUCUUUAACAUGUCUUUUUUACAGACCAGUGAUUAUAACAAGGUCAUCACGUGUGUUAAUAUCAGUCUGUCUUAAAUGGUUGUGUCUUUUCUCUCAGUUCGAACUCAUUUCAUGUCGUUUAUCUAGAAUGGGGAACUUUACGUCGUCUGCGCCUGGGUUGUCGAGCACAGCAUGUAAUCAGUUUGUUCAGGAUGUUGUGUCCAGUAACUGUGUUGUAAUAUUCUCCAAAACCACAUGUCCUUACUGUAAGAUGGCUAAGAACGUCUUUAAUGAGAUUGGAGCUACAUAUAAAGUUGUCGAAUUGGAUGAGCACAACGAUGGCCGACGUCUCCAGGAGACCUUAGCACAAAUAACAGGUGCCAGAACAGUGCCAAGAGUCUUUAUUAAUGGGAAGUGCAUUGGAGGUGGCUCGGAUACAAAACAGCUCCACCAACAAGGGAAACUUCUACCUCUUAUUGAACAAUGUCAUCCAUGCUGUUUGAGUACCAGCCCUGAGGGCUCGGGCAGUGGUCAAUAUCAACCUAAUCAGUCAUAGUUUUGUAAUGUAUAUCUAUACUUGGUCACCAUUGAACAGCCCAAAUACAGAUUAAGUAUUUGUGUCUUAAAAUGUAUGCUGCUGUAACUGCCUGAUUUGAAUUUGAGUAUUGUUAUUUGUUUUGUUUUUUUUAUUUUAUUUUUUUCUGGGACUCUGGACUUGAGUUACAGCACCUAUGUAUUCAGUUAUGUACAGUAUACACAUUAUUUUAAAUAAAGUAUUUUUUUUUUCAAAAAAA